AAAGAAAAAAAAAAUAAUGUAAAAAUGAGUGAAAAACCCUAAACCCUAGUGUUGGAGGUAAACAGUGAAAGAAGCAGAAGAAGCUGCUGCUGCCAUGGGGAAAAUCCCUCCGUCGUUUCGCUCUGCAAUCGGAAACCCUAACAUUCGAAACCCUUCUUCUCUGUUCCGCCCUCAACCACCUUCUCCUCCCUCCAAACCAUUCCCUCCCACCAAGAAAAAAUCCCCAAAACCCAUCCCACAACAACCAAACCCUCUCUUCAAAUCCCCAAAUCUCGAAGAUGCCAAGAAAAUCUUCGACUCCAUCGCCAAUUCCUCCAAAGACCCUCGCUUUCCCAAUUCCCUCCUCCACUCCUACGCCAAAAUCGCCACCUCCACCUCCGACUCCGUCAAAUUCCUCCACCACAUCACCAAAACCCUCCCUUCUUUCUCCCCCGAUCAUUCCACCUUCCACAUUCUCCUUUCCCACUCCUGCACCAACCCCGAUUCCAAUUCCAAUUCCGCUCUCUCCGCAAUCCACCAAACUCUAAAUUCAAUGCGCGCCGCCGGCGUCACUCCGGAUGCUGCCACAGCUGAUGUUUCGGUCCGCGCCUUGUGCUCCGCCGGCCACCUUGACCAUGCCGUUGACUUGAUCAAAGAAUUCGCCUCCAAGCACUGCCCUCCGGACACCUACACCUUCAAUUUCCUAGUCAAGCACCUCUGCAAAGCCCGCGCCUUGUCCACUGUUUACGCCUUCAUCGACGAAAUGCGUGAAAAAUUCGGUGUGAAGCCUGAUCUUGUUACAUACACUAUCCUGAUUGACAAUGUGUGUAAUGGUAAGAACUUGAGAGAGGCAAUGAGGCUGGUGAGUGUGCUUCAUGAGGAAGGGUUUAAGCCUGAUUGCUUUGUGUAUAACACGAUUAUGAAAGGGUAUUGUGUGUUGAGCAGAGGGAGUGAGGCGAUUGAGGUUUAUAACAAGAUGAAGGAGGAAGGGGUGGAGCCUGAUCUUGUUACUUACAACACUUUGAUUUUUGGGUUGUCCAAGUCGGGGCGGGUGGUGGAGGCGAAGAAGCUGCUGCGUGUGAUGACAGAGAAGGGUUAUCUUCCUGAUGAGGUGACUUAUACUACAUUGAUGAAUGGAAUGUGUCGGAAGGGGGAGGCUCUGGCGGCGCUGGCAUUGCUGGGGGAGAUGGAGGGGAAGGGGUGCAGCCCCAAUGAAUGCACAUAUAACACACUGCUGCACGGGUUGUGCAAGGCGAGGUUGUUGGAGAAGGCGACUGAGUUCUAUGGUGUGAUCAAGGAAGGUGGUUUGAAGCUUGAUACUGCUUCCUAUGGGACACUUGUGAGGGCACUCUGUAGGGAUGGCAGAGUUGCCGAGGCUUAUGAGGUGUUUGAUUAUGCUGUUGCGAGCAAGAGCUUGACUGAUGUUGCUGCUUACUUGACGUUGGAGAGCACGCUUAAGUGGCUCAAGAAGGCCAAAGAACAAGGGCUUGCUGUUUAAUUGGAAAUAUCUUGUCGGUGCUUCCAAGGAUCUUAGGGCAAGUUACCAAGGUUAGGCCCAACUCCAUAAGUGCAUACCAAAGCUGCAAAUACAAUUUCUCUCUGUAUUUGGUUGCAAGUAAUGUAACAAUUAGGAAACAAAUUUGGUUGCAUAUAUUCGAUGGUCGGCAUGCAAUGCAACAGCACUGUUUGAAGCUUCUUGGUCAGUCCUACUGAUGAUAUUAUUUGGCAGUAGCAUUCUGGCGGAUGUUUCAUGCGGUUGACACAUCCUUGAAGGAAAACGUGUAUUUUUUAUGGAAACUAUUGUUCAUUAUUUUGACUCUUAUGAUUCUCUAAUAGAUGAAGAUAACAAGUUUUGAGUAAACAUUAAAGGAGCAUUUGAUUGUUUCCACUGAUAAAGGAGUUUGGAGAUGUGGAUUUAUUCUAUUUGUAUCAAGAUAGUUGGUAUCUC